CCAACAGCAUCCGGGACUUCCGCUAUGUCACAGCCCAGCAGCUGAUGCAGUGCUUACAGUUGACACCGCAAAAACCGAAACUAACACUGCUGAUAUCACAACUUCACACAAGAAAAGUUGAGCCAAAAGAGGGAAGCUCACAGCUCGACUUGUCACCUGCCUAGUUUCCCUCAAAGCGGAGUAUUUAUUCAAGAGCUCUGGGUUCGCCAGCCGCUUGUUAGCUAGCACGCUGCUGCACCACAUAUCAGACGACUGUCAUUUUAUCUUGUCAUGACCGAGUUAAGAUGUCGUAAAAAAGCCUCUUUGGACGGACACCAAGAGGAGGAUGAGCGCCAACAUGAGCCUGAGGUGGAGAAUACAGAGCCGGUGGACGCAGAGGAUGAUGGGAGUGCGUCCACUGGUGGAGAUGGAGAGGGCGAGCAGCAGAAGGGUGAGGGGGAAGUAAAAGAAGAGGAUGCUCAGCAGAAACAAGAAGAAUCAAACAGACCCGAGUCCUCUGUCGAAAGAUCAAAGUGCUCUUCUGUAUCGGGUUUCUUGCAGCGCCUUGCGAGGCUAUUCUUCGGAUGCCUGGCAGCAGUUGCCUGUGGCGUGCUCUAUGCCACAUACAUCUCGUUCUAUCAUGACAGGAAGUUCUGGUUUUCGAUUAGACAGGACCUUGAGCGAGAAAUCACUUUCCAAGGAGGCAGCGGGCUCUAUUAUUACUACUACAAGCACAUGCUGACGGCACCGUCCUUUGAGAGAGGGUUUUAUGAGCUGACGCUAGAUAACAGGACUCUUUCAGGUCAGACCAUCAACGUAGUGGAGCGCUUGUCUCUGUAUCCAGAGCUCAUCACAAGCUUCAUAUACAGAGUCACAGACAGCCAGGAUUAUGUGGAGCCAAUCUACUUCUACGUUGGAGCGGUUUUCGGACUCCAGGCCAUCUAUGUCACCGCCCUGUUCGUGUGUAGCUGGGUGAUGAGCGGCACCUGGGUGGCCGGCAUGUUGGCCGUGUCCUGGUACGUGAUCAACAGACCGGAUACAACCAGAGUGGACUACGCAAUUCCUCUGCGGGACAACUGGGCUCUGCCUUUCUUCGCUUGCCAGGUUGCAGCUUUGACCGGAUUCCUGAGUCAUAAAUUCAGCUCUGCCACUGAGAUGUGUUGCUAUCUCACCAUGAGUGCCACCACCUUUAUCUUCCUCCUGGUCUGGGAGCACAGCCACUACGUGCUCUUCAUCCAAGGCAUCUGUCUUUACCUACUCGACUCUUUUGACCUGGUGCCACCGCGUAAGAUGGCCGACAUUCACAAACUGUUCCUCGGCGCUCUGCUCCUGGCCUACUUGUUCCAGUUUCUGAACCCGGCCCUGCUCAGCUCGCCUCUGCUUAGCUUCCUGAUUGGCUCAGUGUGCGCGAGGUACUUCCAGCAAAAGAUGAAGAUGGGACCUCUUGUUGCCAGAGUCAUGAAGAUCUUCUUACCCUUCUACCUAGUCUUUACCAUAGGGAUCACUUUCAGUUUUCUGGUCAAGAAAUUUAUGCCUGUAAGUGAGAGUGACUUCAUUUUGAAAUUCCUUGAAGUAAAAUUUGGGCUCAACACGACGACUGACUUUAUCACCAACUUCCUCCUGUGCCAAGAGAGUUUCCAGUCACCCGGUCAGGACUUAUUUCUACGACUGACACAGGCCUCAGUCCUUCCCUUCUACUUGCUGGUGCUCACUGUGUGCUUGCUGUCCACCCUGCAGACCAUUUACAGAAGACUGAGUGGCGAGCCAAUGCAAACCAACCUCAGACUUGAAGAUGGGCGAAUAGGGGAGCAGCCAGAGGUCAUCUAUCAUGUUUUUCACACGUUGCUUUUCGGAGGCCUGGCCCUGCUGUUUGACGGGAUGAAGUAUUUAUGGACCCCGUACGUCUGCAUGUUUACAGCAUUCGGCGUGUGUUCUCCAGACCUCUGGAUGACUGUGUUUAAGUGGCUCAAACUGAAGUCCAUCCACCCGGUAGUACUGUCUCUGAUCCUGAGCACAGCGGUUCCUACUAUCAUUGGUUUCAGUUUGUGGAGAGAGUACUGCCCUCGCGUCUUAGGAGAGCUGUCAGAUCUGCAGGAGUUUAACGAUCCAGAUACGGUGGAGCUGAUCAGCUGGAUCAAGUCACAGGCUCCGGUGGCAGCAGUCUUUGCAGGAAGCCCUCAGCUGUUGGGAACGGUGAAGUUGGGCUCAGGUUCAGCUGUGACCAGUCUACCACUUUACUCUGACAUCAACCUGCUGAUGAGAACUGAAGAUACUUACCAGGUGUAUGCAAUGAGAUCUUCAGAGGACAUCUACAAGAUUCUGACCGCUCAGAAGGCAAACUACGUGAUCAUCGAGGAGUCGAUUUGUAACGAGCUUAGUCUCAAUAAAGGCUGUAGGAUCAAAGACCUGCUGGACAUCUCCAAUGGACAUGUGGUUUAUGACAAAGGAGAGGUUUACUCUUUCUCCAAGCACGGGAGAUUCUGCCACGAGAUAAAGAUGAACCACUCGCCCUACACAAACUACUUCACUCGGGUUUUCUGGAACCGCUCGUACCAUGUGUACAAAGUGAACUCCGUCAUCUCCUUUCAGUACUGACAGCAGUUCCCGCCUCCACCUGCUGAGAAUCCACUGAGCCCUGGCUCUGCCCUCCAUGUCAUAUCUACCAUGUUACACACAAAGGACUUGGGAGAAGGGAAAAUGUCUAAUCACUGGUACCUCCCACAUCCUUUUGUAGAUGUUAAAGCUGGAAAUUCAAGCACAACUUGGUCAUUGGUUUUUGGUCUACACAUGGUUUGAUUAAAAUCAACAUGAAAGGGCCCUGUUGAGGUUGAAAUAUGCCAUAAGUAAUGAUCACUGUACUGUAGUUUUAUAAGCCAUGCCUUACUGUUACUGUGAUGUAUUUAAUGAAGGGAGAGUUGAUAUGUGAGGUCUAUGUGUUUACUCUGUACAGAGGCCGAGACUUUUUUUUUUAACGCUCUGCAAAAGGGAAGAGGGUAAGUAAAGGUGAGAAGCUCAUGUAGAGUUGCUUCAAACACCAUGGAUAUUUAUGAAAAGACCGUUUGAUUUUAAUGUGUCAUAUGUGCUCUGCCUCUCCCAUUUUAAUCCAAAUACUGAUCGAUUGAACAACCUAGGGCAAUAGAAACAAGAUCUGAACUUUCAUUUGAAAGGGAAGUGGAGGCUGCUCUUCAUGCUCCUUAAUUCUUCAUUAUGUCUCUAUCAUUCUCUUCAUCUGGAUGCCUUAUUUUGAGAUGUGGGAACCUGAAUGACUUACACCUCUUUUUAUAAAUCCCACCUUUAGUUGCCUCUGAGACUCACCGUUCCCCCUCCCCUGGGUCUUACCUGAAGUAUUUGGUGGUCAUUUUCCCUCUGGUGCUAUAAAGUGUCACAAAUGACUGUCCCUCUGCAAAAGGCCAUGUAGUGACUAGUAGGUUUUGAAUUAUGGAAAAUAAAAGUGUGUAUGAGUUGAUAAUUACAAAGCUGAUUUCUUAUGUUGCCAUUUGGUGCCAAUAACUUUUUUUUCAAGCUUAUUAUGCUUUAAUAUCAUUUGAAUGUCCAAUAUUUCCUUUUAAGUCUAACAAGGAGGGAAUAAGGGAAAGAAAAAGGCACGUUUAUAUAUUCAAGAUAAUUUUUGCUUUGCAUUUUUUUGUUCUAAAUAGCUU